AUGACGGGUGAACAUCAAGCCACUCAAGAUAUCGACAUUCGAAAGGACAUGAGCGAGAACGAGGCUAGUGUCUUCCACGCCUUGCUUCACCCCGAUGAUCUCUACACUGCCGAAGGAACCUACUGGGCCGACUUGCCCAUUGGCCAACGGGUCAGGUUUGUUGGACAAGUCGAUGCACAGGAAGCAAAGGCCGAAGCCAGCUACUUCUGGAACAUGUUCAAGAACGACCCUCUUGCUCCAAUUGGCCAUUACUUCCGCACUUGCGUGAUCCCUGGUGCCGGUCUUGGUUUGGAAGGUUACGUCCUCUUCUCCAUUGGCAAUGUUCGCCCUCUACUCAAGGCUGCUUUCCCCGACUGCUGGGGCACCCACGAAAUUUGUGACAAGACAUGGACACAGGCUGUCGACUACCUCGAGAUUUGCGGUAUCAUUGUCGGUCAGAUCCUCGUUGGUAUCGUUGGUGACUGGCUUGGCCGUCGGUUUGGUCUCAUUCAGGAUGCCACCAUCAUGUUCGUCGGUCUUUUGAUGCUUACUGCUGCCUGGGGUGUUACUCAGAACGGCUGGGUCAUCUGCUACGUAUGGGCUCUCUUCUUCUAUGGCAUUGGUGUCGGAGGCGAAUACCCCAUGACUGCAACUGCCGGUAUGGAGAAUGCUGUCGGCUCUGGAAAGGUUUCGACCAAGGACGACCGUCUUCACCGCGGACGAAAAGUCACCAGUGCCUUUUUGAUGCAGGGUUGGGGUCAGUUCUUCAACCAGGUCAUUCUCAUUAUCCUGCUCCUCAUCUUCCACGGUGGAUCGUCGCCGCCUUACUCCAAGACUUUGGCGCAAUGGACUUACCGCGUCUCGUUUGCUAUUCCUGCCGUUGGAACGCUGUGGCUUGUCUACUUCCGUUACUACAAGAUGAAGUCGGCUUCGAAGCAAUUGAUGCUUUCUAAGAAGAAAUCCAAUGUCACUGGAUACGACGUCCAGUCGCUGAAGCUCACCUUCACCUACUUUGGCCCCCGUCUCCUGGCUACUGCCGGUGCUUGGUUCGCCAACGAUGUCUUCUUCUACGGCAACAAGCUUUUCCAGAACGAAUUUAUCAGCAUCCUCACACCUGGCAACAAGUCGGUCAUGACUGAUUGGCUAUACAACCUUAUCAACGUCGGCGUAUCACUUUGCGGAUACUAUCUCGCGUCUAUUCUCAUUGACAACAAGCUCUACGGUCGCAAGUGGAUGAUGAUUGUCGGUUUCAUGGCCGACUUUGUCCUCUUCAUGGUUCCCGGAUUUGCCCUGAAGUACUUCACUUCGAUUGAGAACAUUCACGGUUUCCAGGCCAUGUACUUCCUCUCCUCCUUCUUCAACCAAUUCGGACCCAACAGUGUUACUUUCCUUGUGGCUGCCGAGGUUUUCCCCACACCAGUUCGCGCUACUGCUCACGGAUUCAGUGCGGCAUGGGGCAAGCUCGGUGCACUUCUCGCCGCCAUCCUCUACAACUACAUUGACAUCCAGACCAAGUUCUACUUUGUCCCCUGGUUCGGUCUUGCUGGUGCUCUUCUCACUCUGCUCUUUCUUCCCGACACUACCGGCCUGGAUCUCAAGGAGCAAGAGCGUCGGUGGGCAUAUAUUCGAGCUGGCCGAGAGAACGAGUACCACGGUAUUGCCAUUCACUGGAAGCACCUUUCAUGGUGGGAGCGUUUCCGUGGACAGCACAAGGGAUACGAUGCCAAGCUCGACUAUGAGCAGAAGAUUGACGAGAUGCGCGCUGACUGGGUGGAGCGCCAGCAGCACAAGUUCUCUGAGAAGAACGGAUGGGAAGGUGUCGAGGCAGACGAGGACGACCAUGCCGAUGUGCACAACUACUUCAAGCGUACAACACCUGGUACUCCUACCGGACCCGAGCCCAUGAUGGCGCCCAAGGCCGUGUCUGAGAACUCCUCUGGAGAUGAGAUUACGAACGAAAAGAAGGCUUAG